CACUAAUAUAGAUCAGUGUAGUAAAGGGUUCCAAAGGGACCAGGUCACUUUUCCGCCAUCUUGUGUGAGUGAUAAGAAGUCAUCGGAGGACAGGAAAAUGGAUACUUUCUUGGAUGAUGCACAUAAGAAAAGUGUUAGUAAUGGGAUAAGGCAACGUAAUAGGGAGAAGAAGCUAUCGCAUGAAUUGAAGUCAUCAGAUAGUACAGAAACCAUCCUGCCAUCUACUUCACUGAUGUCACUAGAAGAAUCAGUUUCUGGAGAGCGGGGUUGCAUAGUGAUCAUACCUGAUAAUUCAUCUGGAGUCUCUGAAUUUUCGGAUUCAAAUACUGUGGAAAUACUUCAGGAUCAGCAACAAAACAAAGAAGUUCGAUCACAUAAAAAGAAAGAAGUGGAAAAUAUCGUGCAAGAUGUAUUUGAUUUCACCGUGGAUGAAUCUAAUAAAAAUCACAUGACAAAAUUUUCGCUUACGGGCCGUGAGGAAAAUUCAGAUGCAUUGAAUAAUAUAGCCCGCUUAUACGAAGAUGCAUGUAAUGCAGAAGAUAAAACGAUAAAAGCCAAUCAGGCAGAAAUUUUAUGCUGGUGUAAUUUUAUUAUAGGACUGGAUAAAAGUGUGGAUGAAAUUAUGAUCAAAGAAAAG